CUCUCUUUCUCUCUCGCGCUCUUUCCCUCUGUUUAUUUCUCUUUUAAUCAUUUUUAUUCACUUUGUUCGCUCGCGUGCGGAGAGACGGAUGCCUCGUGCGGGGAGACGCACUUUCUUCCUCUUUCUCCUCCUCUUCCUCGUCACUCUGAUGGCGCGAGAGUGUUUGUCGUCUAAAGGAGAGGACAGGCUGUUCCGCCGGCUGUUCAGGAGGUAUAAUCAGUUCAUCCGGCCGGUGGAGAACGUGUCAGAUCCAGUGACGGUGCAGUUUGAGGUCUCUAUCUCUCAGCUCGUCAAAGUGGAUGAAGUCAAUCAGAUUAUGGAGACUAACCUGUGGUUGAGACAUGUAUGGAAUGACUACAAGCUGAAAUGGUCACCAGCAGAAUUUGACGGUAUUGAGAACAUCAGGGUUCCAUCCAGUAAAAUCUGGAGGCCAGACAUCGUGCUGUACAACAAUGCUGUAGGUGACUUCUUGGUGGAAGACAAAACCAAAGCUUUACUCAGGUACGAUGGCACCAUCACAUGGGUUCCACCAGCCAUCUUCAAAUCCUCCUGCCCAAUGGACAUCACCUACUUCCCCUUCGACUACCAGAAUUGCUCUAUGAAGUUCGGUUCCUGGACCUACGACAAGGCCAAGAUUGACCUGGUCUUGAUAGGCUCCAAGGUCAACCUCAAGGACUUUUGGGAGAGCGGCGAGUGGAAGAUCAUUGACGCGCCUGGAUACAAGCAUGACAUCAAGUACAACUGCUGUGAGGAGAUAUACACAGACAUCACCUACAGCUUCUACAUCCGCCGCCUUCCUCUAUUCUACACCAUCAACCUCAUCAUCCCAUGCCUCCUCAUUUCCUUCUUGACCGUCCUGGUCUUCUACCUUCCGUCAGACUGCGGUGAGAAGGUUACCCUCUGCAUCUCCGUCCUCCUCUCUCUCACUGUGUUCCUGCUGGUUAUCACAGAGACCAUCCCGUCCACCUCCUUGGUCAUCCCACUCAUCGGCGAGUACCUACUUUUCACCAUGAUCUUCGUUACACUCUCCAUUGUCAUCACCGUCUUUGUACUCAACGUCCACUACCGAACACCCACUACCCACACCAUGCCUGGAUGGGUCCGCACCGUCUUCCUUCAGGCCCUGCCUCGCAUCAUGCUGAUGCGCCGUCCCCUCGUUCAGUCAGAAUCCUCAGGGAAGGGUGGUGGACCCGAAAGUGGGGGCUCGUCCGGGAUUGGUGGCAGCGGAGGAGGGGGAAGAGGAGGAGAAGGGAAGAAGAGGAAGAACAGUAGUUCCCAACAGGGGGCCAUGAACUGUUUGGAGUUUGGCGAGGGCAAGGGCUCAGGGGAAGGGAAAAAAGGGGGCUGUCCAUGCCACCCUUCAAAGGAGGGGCCUGAGGUGGAUUGUGGGAAAGUGAGCCGUCAGCUGAGCCCACAGGCGAUAAAUACAGUGGUGGCAUUUUCAGUGGUUUCACCAGAGAUCAAACAGGCCAUAGAGAGCGUCAAGUACAUUGCGGAGAACAUGAGGAGCCGCAACAAGGCUAAAGAGGUGGAGGACGACUGGAAGUACGUUGCCAUGGUGAUUGACCGGAUCUUCCUGUGGGUUUUUGUGCUGGUCUGCAUGCUUGGAACAUUGGGCCUCUUCUUCCAGCCUCUCAUUGGUUUUCUCUCGUAACUGCCAGCCAGUCGCAUGCAACGGCUUAACUGCCCCAGCCAAUCAGAGACACGGGACUGUCGGUUUCAGCCGGUUACCCAAAUCACUGACACAACCACUUCUGCUUUGUGAUGAUGAAAAGAAACCACAAUAGACUGACAGCUUGGCUCAGCAAACAACAAAUCAGGUGUUGAUGCUCACUACUGUAGUUCGAAGAACAGCGGUGCACUCGGGUGGUCCUCGUAAAAGUAAACUGGCAGACUCAAAGUCCUAAACCAGUAAACUUCCAACAAACUUAUAUUGGAUAAAAGAAUUGGCCAAAAGCAGUGGCAACCUUGGGCAAGCUUGGGUUACUCAAGUUUGUGAGUUUUGUAAAACCAGGUGAACAUCAGUAGACCAAGCUGGAAUUGGUCCAUCCCAAAUAUCCCUAUUGUUCAUGUGAUAAAUUUACCAGUUGCUAUGAAUGACACAAAUGCAAACAAAUGACAGUUUUCCAGUUUACGAGUUGACCUGGACCAUCUGAAAGCACCAGUCUGUACUGAUGAUUAAUAAUAAUUUCAGA